AUGGGACAGAACCAGAAUUCGCUCUUGAAUUCCUUGGGCAGCACUGCUCAGCACAGUUACUUUUCACUUCGCGCUGGCUUGCGGGUCACGGAGCGGGCAAAGAACCGGGAACCGCCGGGGUGCAGCGCUUUUUAUGGAGAAAUCAAUGACUCAGCCAACCAUAAGAUGUUUUCGUUUCACAGUGGACGCAUCCAGAUUUCUUGUAAAUACCCCGAGACCGUCCAACAGCUCAAAAUGAAAUUAUUGAAAGGGAGAGAAGUUCUCUGUGAGCUCACCAAAACCAAGGGAAAGGGAGACGGGGUGUCUAUCAAGAAUCCGAAGUUGUGUCCAUAUGAGAUGUCCAACAGCAGUGUUUCCUUUUUCCUAAACAACCUGUACAGUUCUCAGGGCAGCUAUUACUACUGUAGCCUGUCGAUUUUUGAGCCACCUCCUUUUCAAGAAAAGAUCUUUGGUGGAGAAUAUUUGUAUAUUUACGAAUCACAGCUCUGCUGCCAGCUGAAGCUCUGGUUGCCCGUAGGGUGUGCAGCUUUUAUUGUGGUAUACAUUUUUGGAUGCAUAUUUAUCUUCCGGUUUGCAAAAAAGAAGUACGGAUCCAGCGUGCAUGACCCCAAUAGUGAAUACAUGUUCAUGGCAGCAGUCAACACAGCCAAAAAGUCUAGACUUGCAGGUAUAGAUUCCCUUUGGGGUGGGAGCUCGCCCUCAUCACUGAACUGGGUUCAGAAAAAAGCCGUUCUCAAGUCUUCAGAGAAAGCUAGAGGCAGGAAGGCAGAGUGA